AUGAGUAUCGACUUGGACGAUCUACUUAACACUGGUAUAACCGACGCAACACAAACAGAAAUCGAACCGGAACUUUUGGCGAUUUCCGCAGACGUCCGACUCACGCCAAAGAAAGUCGAUUACACAAAAGUCGAUCGAACCACGCGAUUCUUAACGUCACCCGCAAGAUAUAGCGACACCCCAAACAAAAAUACGGUCGAACAAUUCAUCGAGAAUGAAACGCUUAAGGAUAGUGCGGACAAACGAACCUUUCAUCGGACGCGCCCACUCAUCGGAAGGAAAGAAACGGUUUCUGUGUCGUCUUCUACAGUCUACGGAAGUGACGAAGAUAAAAAGAAAAGAUGUCAAACAUGUAACACAACGCGCGACGAUAUUGACAUAAGUAACGCUUUGUACUCUGUUGGAACACCAGACAUCUCGUUCUUGGAUGAUGUGUUAUAUAUCGCACAAGAUAAAGGAGUCAACGAAAGCCAAUUAAGUUCUCUUAUUACUGAUGACGUUUUUAACACUGCUGUCUUUAGAAGAGACCCUUGGUCUUCCGUGCCAUUGCCUUCUGAGAUAUGGACAAACUGUAAAGUGGAUCAAGAAGGGUGUAUUGUCAAUGUUGAGAGUAUGACAAACGGAUUUAACAUCGAAGCGCAUGGGGAGUGUGUGGGGAUGACCACCCACUUGUGGAAAUACAGCAUCGUUGAAACGGAAAAGGAGUACCCCUAUUUCAAAAAGCAUUUUCAUGGGAAGAAAAGUGUGAAAUUUUAUAUAGACACCACUAAACUCAUUUUGUUGGCCGUUGAUACAUCGACUCGAUAUAGAAGAGGGAUAGUGAUGACACCGAAAGGCAUUGUCCGUGUUGUUUUCCCACCUGGGAUAGAUUACGAAAAGACUGAGAAAGUGUGGGGGAGUGAGGAGAAAGAUAAGCGCGUGAAAAGCAUUAAGAAGAAUAGUGAGAAGAUAGAAUCGGAGUUGGAAAAGAUCGAAAUGAUGGAGAUCGGCUUGAUGAUGAAAAUGAAGGUUGGUGUCAUCUAUGUGAAAAAGGAUCAAAAUGAGGAGAAUGCGCUGUUUUCGAACGACGUCUGUGAGUGCAAUGAACAAUUCUGGGAAUUCAUGAAUGGAUUGGGAGAGAGGAUCAAAUUGGAGCAUUGGGAACGGUACAAAGGAGGACUUGACGUGAAGAAGAACUGUACGGGGACGUUCAGUUAUUUCCGACAAUACAAUGAAUACCAGAUCAUGUUCCAUGUUGCCCCAUUAUUACCAAAUCAAGAGGAUGAUCCACAGAAAUUGGAACGAAAGAGACAUGUUGGGAAUGAUGUGGUUGUUGUCAUCUAUCUUGAAAAGGAAAGGACGGAGCCUUUUGAUGUACGUAUUUUAACAUCACACUUCAACAAUGUGUUUAUUCUAGUGAAGCCGGAAGAUAAGACAGUUGACGGGAAAACUGAGGAAGGUUAUAGAAUAUGUGUAGUCACCAAACCAAAUAAUAAGCCAUUUCCUCCAUUCAUCAAAGAUGGGUGGAUGAAAAAGAACAUUAUAGCUUAUGACUUCUUGCUCAAGAAAAUGAUUAAUGGAGAGAGAGUGACGAUGCACAACACGACAUUUGCGUCGAAUGCGAAAAAUACACGAAGAGAACAACUGAAGGCGAUAACCGCCAUGGUGUAA